AUGUCAAAAUUUCAGGAGCUACCAUUCGAAUCUGACUGCACCACGGUACGAAGGAGAAUUAUUGGCGAUCAGCCGGCCCCGAAAAUCAAUUAUUCAAUCGCAUAUGCGACAAAUGUGUAUACGGACUACGAAUCCCUGGCCAUUCAACUGUCUGCCACCUACAGCCCGGAAAAUCACUACUGCUAUCAUGUGGACUCAAAGGCCACUCCAAAAUUUAAGAAACAAAUUCUAAAGCUGCAGCAGUGUUUUCCGAAUAUUUAUGUCACAAAAGCCCAAUACGACGUGACGAGUCAGGGUAGAAAUAACAACAUUGCGCACCUGCGAUGUAUGCGAAUUUUACUAACCAAGAAGCGGUGGGAAUAUUUGAUUACGCUACAGGCCCAUGACGUCGUUGUCCAUACGAACUUGGAGCUGUCGAAAAUGCUGAAGCUCCUAGACGGCACAAACGACUUCAACAUUGGGUCGGUGCUCUGGAAUCGGAUACCCAAGACUGCAACGUUUUUCAUUAGAAACCUGAAUUUGUGGACGAAAGAUACCCGGCUAUCCGAUCUUCAGCGACAACGUGCGAAGCUCGAACUUGCUAGGGGCCUGGAGGAAGCAACGUUCAUGCGAUCUGCCGUCCGAUGGAUGGUCAAGGAAGUCAAUAUCACUACCCUGAUGCAUACGUUUAAUGGCGGAUCCCACUCUGUCGACGAGCAGCUUUUCGCCUCCCUGGCCGUCUCCGAGAAGCUCCAGAUGCCAGGAGGGUACCACAGCGCUUGCCUAAAGAAUCGCGAUCCGAACAAAUUUUUUACGCACACUCGAUGGGUCUGGGAAGGUCAUCCGAAUUGUCAUAGACGACAUGAUGUCUGUUUAUAUGGGAUUGAAGAUUUGUAUCAAGCAAGAAAAACUGCACGCCGCUAUAUUGCACUCAAUAAAUUUAUGGGCUCCUGGGAUUUUGCGGCUACCGUAUGCAUGGCCGAGAGUCUGUAUAAUCGAACGCAUUUUGGGGAAGAAGCAUUUGAUGCUAAAUAUAUUGCUAACCACUCUGGGCGCAGCACUUGGGUUCAUAGCAGAUGGCUCGUCGAAAUUCAAGUUUUCAACCAAAGAACUGUCAAUGGGACGAUAUCCUCAGCCAAGUUCGUAAGCAGUUUCGCGAACAGUUUCAAAGAAACCGAUCACAAAACGCUACAUAUUGAGGAAAAUGGAAGGAAACACUGCGACUACAACCUAUCCCAAGUUAUAGCCAGAAGAAAAAAGGAAAGAAACAUUCCGAACCUUACAUGUCACCCGUCGGCAGAAGAAAAAAAAUUU